UGCUUCUGCUUAUCUGACUGCGAUAUAUAAAUGGUGUAUAUACAUGAUAUAUAUGCAUAUAAUGUGUACACAUAUAAAUAUGCACGCAUGUGUGUCAGAAUCUAUGCGCACUCGAGUGUGUGAUGUGUAUAUGCAUGCGAAUGUACAUAAGCUGUGUGUACAUCGUAUCAGUGGUUAGCAGUUAACCGCGAAUUCCUGCUGUAAAUUUGUAUCAAAACCAUUAACUGAUAAACUUACCUACUGCAAAAAAGACUAAAUGCUCGUGUAUGUGUUGUUAGUAGUAAUUUGAUAAAUAUAUUAGGAAAACGCUUACAAUUUUGAAAAUAAAUAGAAUUUUGAGUAUAAUGCCGUUGGCAAAUUUAACGGCUCCCUGGGCCGAACAUCGUGUAAAUGAGAAGCAAAAUACAGAUAUUCUUCCAGCUGAAAAUCAAGAAGAAACCAUGAUUACUCAAGGAAACUUGAUCGAAAGAUCAAAUAGUUGUUCAGAGUCUCAUGAGAUUGAAGUAUGUGAUAUGGUACGAGAUGGUUAUGAGAAAGCUGAACCUUCUCACUUUGAAUUACUGAAAGUUAUUGGCCAAGGUUCUUUUGGCAAGGUAUUUUUAGUAAGAAAAGUUGUUGGAAAAGACAGUGGUACGCUGUAUGCUAUGAAGGUCUUGAAGAAGGCAACAUUAAAAAUUCGUGACAGAUUUAGAAUCAAAAUGGAGAGAAAUAUAUUGGUGGAUGUGGAACAUCCAUUCAUUGUCAGACUACAUUAUGCAUUCCAAACAGAAGGGAAAUUGUAUUUAAUCCUUGAUUUUUUAAGAGGUGGUGACCUCUUCUCGAGAUUAUACAAAGAGGUGAUGUUUACAGAAGAUGAUGUUAAAUUUUAUUUAGCAGAACUAGCGCUCGCACUAGAUCAUAUACACAGUCUUGGAAUUAUAUAUCGAGACCUCAAGCCCGAAAACAUUUUGUUAGACACGGAAGGUCACAUAUCUUUAACGGAUUUCGGUUUGAGCAAACAACCUUUGGACGACUUGUACGCGUACUCAUUUUGUGGCACCGUUGAAUAUAUGGCGCCGGAAAUCGUCAAAAGAAAAGGACAUUCUUUUGCAGCGGAUUGGUGGAGCUUUGGCGUUUUAAUGUUUGAAAUGCUGACAGGCGCUCUCCCGUUUCAAGGUGCAAAUCGUAAAGAGACGAUGACGCAAAUUCUGAAAGCUAAGCUCGGAAUGCCGCACUACAUCUCGGCGGAAGCACAAGCACUUUUGAGGGCAUUAUUUAAGAGAAAUCCGGCGAAUCGCCUUGGCUCUGAUGGUGUAGAAGAAAUUAUGAACCAUAUUUUCUUUGCUGCUAUCGACUGGGACGCUCUUUACAAGAAGAAGAUAAGACCGCCGUUUAAGCCGGCCGUCAGCCAGGAGGACGACACCUUCCAUUUUGACAAUGAAUUUACUUGCAAAACACCUAAAGAUUCUCCAGGGAUACCGCCGAGCGCGAACGCCCACGAGUUAUUCCGCGGAUUCAGUUUCGUUGCACCGUGCUUACUCGCAGAUGUCGAACACGCUCAGUCUCUAGAGUCCAAGAACUGCGACAGCAUUAGCGUUACUUUUCCAUCCUACGUCAAUCCCGUUUCCAUAACGGACGAGUACGAAUUCAAGCAGGAAAUUGGCAAAGGAAGUUAUAGCGUGGUUUACUUAGCCAUCCAUAUAGCAUCCAAGAUGGAGUACGCCGUGAAGGUGAUUGAGAAAUCGAAACGAGAUCCAACGGAGGAGAUAGAAAUCCUACUGCGGUAUGGCAGGCAUCCCCAUAUCGUAACGUUGAGAGCUGUCCACGAAGACGAUAGACGAGUGUAUCUUGUGUUGGAGCUUUUGCGCGGCGGUGAGCUCCUCGAUCGUUUGCUACAGAGGCGAAAUUUUACGGAACGGGAAGCUGCCGAAGUGAUCUACACUAUUACCAAUGUCGUGCAGUACCUUCACGAGAAUGGGGUAGUUCACAGAGACCUGAAGCCGUCGAACAUCUUGUACGCGAAAUCUGGCGGCGAUCCAACGACGCUAUGUAUAUGCGAUCUCGGCUUUGCGAAGCAGUUACGAGCGGAAAAUGGUUUAUUGAUGACGCCUUGUUACACAGCGAAUUUCGUAGCGCCAGAGGUGUUGAAGCGUCAAGGAUACGACGCAGCGUGUGACAUUUGGUCACUCGGAGUUCUGCUGUACAUCAUGCUGGCUGGGUACACGCCUUUUCGUAACAGUCCAGGAGACAGUGCGAGCGAUAUAUUAGAUCGCAUCGGACCGGGAUACAUAGACGUGGAGAGCGGAAUAUGGCGUCAUAUCUCCAACGAAGCUAAAGAACUAGUUAAAAGAAUGCUGCACGUGGACCCCAAUCGAAGGCCUACUGCGGCCGUUAUUUUAAAAUAUCCUUGGAUCGUCAAUCGACAUCAUAUCCCGCAAAAAGUAUUACCGGAGCCCAUUAAGGAUCCGCAUAAUCUGAAGAUGGCAGUGGCGACGACAUAUAGAGCAAUGUCGAGCAACCCCAGACUACCGCACAUUGGUCCUGUGAUCAUGUCGGAGUUGGCACGUCGUAGAACACAAGGCAAACCUACUGGUCCCACUGCUGUUUAAAUUUGAUAUCUCUUGUAUAUGACGACCGAUUUCCGUUUUAUUCCGAAAUUCACAUAACAGAUGCAUAGGAUAACAAAGUUGUUUAAAGUACAAGCGAAAGUUAAUUUAGAGAAAGAUGUCGAUAUUGUUGAUUAUACUUGAAUAUUGCGUUAUGGACAGUGUGUGACAGGACAUUUAUGACAGUGAGUCAAAUGUGAUAUUUAUUUAUAGUCUUUGAUUGCGUUUAAUGUACAGCUAUACAUACAUCUACACGUAUACAGAUGCGUGCAUAAGCAUAUACCGAGUAUCUCGCGUCAACCGUCAAAUAUUGAAAUAGUGGACAGUGGAAGUCAAACCAAAACGAGAAGUCCUUUGUCACUUUUUAGUACAAGUUAUUAAUUAGUAUUAAUAGUUAACGAGUUAUUAAUUUGUUAAAUUUGAUGCUUAGCGUGCCAAAAAUGUGAACUCUUAGACUAGUUUUACUAUUAGUGGUAUUAGAAACUCACUAAUCAAGAUAUCGAAGUUGCUCCAAGAGCCGAGAGUUCGCAUUUUUUUUCGAUGCGUGGCAUUACCUGUAGUCCGCCAAUUAUAGGAGCGCGCUAAGCAUUAAACUUAAUAACUCGUUAACUAUUGCUCGUAUUAAAGAACAAAGGAUUUUGUCACGUUUGACUUCUACCAUAUACCAUUUCAAUAUUUGCCGGUUGGUGUGGGGCACUCACGUAUACAAAUGUCUAUGAAAUAACAAAUACACGCGCGAACAUAUGUGUGCGCCUAUAUUUAUCACGUGUUGCCAUGGAAUGGGAGUAAAGUGCAAAUAAUUCCGACAGUAAUCGGGAUAUGUGUACUUUGAUUCCUUUAGGUUUUAAAUUAAUUUUUUUGUGUUGAAUUACUAUAUUUUUCAUUGCAGAUUUAUAAUAUAUGUUCGAAGUAAUUACGUUGAUCAAACUAAAGUUCAAUGACUUAAACAUUUAAAGGAAAAAAAAAAAGAGAAUUAAAUAUAUUAUGUGUAGUAUUUUAUCUGUGCAAUGUAAUUUGAAUUAAUUUUCUAACUAAAUGUAUACCGAAUAAAUGUCUUAUAUUUCCGCCUAA